UAUUUCUGCUCAGAGGAGAGAGCGAGCGGUCUUAGUUUGAACAAAAUGGCUGCAAGAACGCUGUCAACGAGAGCUCACUGAACGCAUUAUGACUGUCCACUCCUACAUUUGGAUUUUUCGAGAAUGUAUUUUCUUGGAUUCGUUUUUCAAUUUGCAUUCGUAGUAGCAAGGUCGUCGGUCAGAUGUUGUUGCUAACCUGCUAGCUCCUCAGCUAGCGGCCUAAACACAAAUAAUUUCAUUUUGCACUUUAACCCAAGUUUCCUAGCUAGCUAGCCAUUUUCGUCGACAAUUUACUGAAAUCUGCCUAUUUUCUUUCAUUUGCAAAUGACUCCUUACAACAGUCGAUGACUAAUGCCAACUAGCUAACGUUAACGUUAACUCCGCUACUUUUUGAGUCGGAAUUGUUUCUCUUGCUUUUUCGUUUUGCUUUUUUUUUUCUAUAUCGUGAUACUUACGUUUAGCAUGUUUUUUUGUUGCGAAAAUUUUACUUUUAGUGCAUCGUUGCGCUAAAAUACACAUUUCUUACUGUGUGUAUUUCAAGUAUCGAUCUCGGUAUUUUUGUUAUUAAGCUGCUCAAACAGUUAUCCUGUCAGUCAGUAAGCCCCUGCAGCAAGAGAGCUGCACUUGGCUAAUGCUAGCUAGCUGGAUAACUGCGAAGACUGAAUUCCUGAUUUGUAAUUUACGGGUAUUUUUCGGAAAAGGCACAGCAGAAUGCUUUUCUGCAUCGUUCUUUCAUGCACAAACUCUGUAUUGAAAGCUGCCAAAGCUCAACGUGUGAUUACGCAAGCUGAGAGAAGCGAACAACACGAGAAGAGAACCAUUUGAUGGAAGAAAAUAAAAAUAAAAAGCAAGAAAAGACCAAGAAGGAAGCUGCUCAGAAACAGGGUGCUGACACGAAAACCAAAGUGCCAGAGCCAGCUAAGCCCAGCCCCGGUCCCCUCCACCACCCCACCACCAGUGUGACCCUGCCCCAGGCCUCACAUCCCCCCUCCUCCUCCUCUUCAGUCAGAACCAAUGGGAAGCGCGCCCCCCCCUAGCACCCAGCAAACACCACAGCAGCUGACCCCUCCGCCGCCGUCGUCGUCCUCAGGCCCCCGCUACCCGCCCCGUGAGGUUCCCCCGCGUUUCCGCCAGCAGGAGCACAAGCAGCUACUGAAGAGGGGCCAGCCACUGCCAGCCGGAGCCCUGAGUAGCCUCACCGUGACCCCUGCCUCUGACCCGCUCAUCUCCGGUGCCCCCCCUUCUUCCUCCUCCGCAGGCAAGCGCCACACAGACCAGCCCUUCCAGAGUGGUCCUGGUGCCCAGCAUGAGAAUCCCCACUGGGGAGCCUUACCACCAGCCACCGACCGCAGCAGCAGCACCACCAGUAGUAGCUGGGAUCAAGUGAUCAUCGACGGGAGCGACACCGAGGCCUGGCCCUCCAUCAGUCGCAGCAGCGUCAGCCGACCAGCGAAUCCUCCAGAAUGUGCCACAGCCGCUGACUGUACGAACCCAGAGACCAGCAGCAACAUGAGCAUGGCCGCGGGGGUUACUAGCCAGCAGGCCCACUACCCCUCCUCUCUCAAAGCUAACGUCGCUAACGUAGCUAGCAUGAUGCAGCCUAGCGGUGGCCAGGGAGUUGGAGCCAUCGGCAGCAGGGGCUGGGGCUCCGGACCAGGACCCAUCCCCAUGGGCCCCACUGAGGGAGCCGCCAAACCGGACGGCCUUGGGCCCAACCUGAGUCGGAGUGGAGGAGCACCCAGCUGGAACUCCCAGCCCAGCUUUAGCCUGAACCUGAACCCCAACGCCAACCCCUCGGCCUGGCCCGUGCUGGGGCAAGAGGGGGCUGGAGGUGGCCCGAACCCCGCCUCACUACCACCCAACGGUAUCCUGGGCAAUGGGAGCCUGGGAGGGGACGAGAACAACAGCAGCAGCACCUGGGGAGGCAUGAUGAGCCCUGAUGCCCCGUCCUCCAAUAAGAAUGUGUCUUUCAGCAGCAUGGAACACCCCAACCUUAACACUGACGGACAAAACAGCCACCACACUAAGCAGCCCCUCAGCCCCAUCCACGGGCUGCCCGGCUGGGGAGGCCAGUCCCCUACUGAGUCCUCCCAGCUCAACGGAGACGCAGGGAGCUCCGUCUGGGGCAACGAAGACACCAAGACAUCCGCUAACUCCUCCUCCAAGAACUCAGGCUGGGACUCAGCACCCUCCGGAGGCAUGUCCGGCUGGGGCCACUCUGGCAGCGGAGGAGGCGGGAGUGGCAGUGGAGAAGGAGGCUGGGGAGGAGACUGGGGGAAGCACUCCAGCGGUGGAGGAGAGGUCAAAGGAGGCUGGGAUUCCUCAGAUGGCCCAGCCCAGGACCAGCAGGUGAGCUCCUGGGGCCAGCCAACCCCGGCCCCGGCUAGUGAGGGUAGCGGGAGCGGUGGCAGCGAGGGGCACAUCCAUCGCAGGGAUCAGACUGGCAGCGAGGACGGAGGUCCCCCUCCCCUGCCUCGGCAGGACCUGGACCCCCGUGUGCUCUGCAACACAGGCUGGGGCCAGACGCCAGUCCGCCAGCACACCUCCUGGGAGAUGGAGGAGCAGCGUGCCGCCAACGAUAGGAAGACCAGCGAGAUGAGGGGAGGCGGUGGAGGGGACACAUGGAGGGGCUCCAACAGCCCCUCUUCUGGAUCCCCACCGGACCCCCGGAACGGGGGAGCCAACCCCAGCCUGGGACCAUCUCAGAGGCCAGGCUCAGGGGGCCCCGGAGGCAAGAGUGAGGGCCCUUCAGGCUGGGGAGGCCCUCCACCCUCAAGCUGGGGGGAGCAGCCUGUCAACAAGGCCCCCAACGGUUCCGUCAGUGGCUGGGGGGACCCCAUGGCCCAAGGCCCCAAUACCACAAACAAUGGCCCAAAGAGUGGAGGUCAAUCCUGGGGUGUCCCUGAGGAGAAGUCCUCCCCUACCUGGGACGACGGGCCAGCCAAGACCCAGCAGAACCAAACCCAGAGCUGGGGAGAGGGGCCCAAGUCCUCCUCCCACGGCUGGGGCUCCGGCCACGGAAGUGGCAGCAAUGGAUCCAACGGCUCCAACGGCGGAGAGUGGAGAGAACCGGCCGAGGUGAAGAAGAAUGGGUCCUCCAGCCACAUGUGGGAAGGAGAAGGAGGAAAUGGACGAGGAGGAGGGUGGAAGGACAGCCCCAGAGGGGGUGGAGGAAAUGGCGGCGGCUGGGGGUCGAAGCCUGCCCCUGCUGUUGGUGGCUGGGGGGAGACCCAGAACCAGCAUCCCAACGGCCCAGCACCAGGAUGGGGCUCCAAGCCCCAGGAAAGCCCCAGCGGCCCAGCACCAGGAUGGGGCUCCAAGCCCCAGGAAAGCCCCAGCGGCCCAGCACCAGGAUGGGGCUCCAAGCCCCAGGAAAGCCCCAGCGGCCCAGCACCAGGAUGGGGCUCCAAGCCCCAGGAAAGCCCCAGCGGCCCAGCACCAGGAUGGGGCUCCAAGCCCCAGGAAAGCCCCAGCGGCCCAGCACCAGGAUGGGGCUCCAAGCCCCAGGAAAGCCCCAGCGGCCCAGCACCAGGAUGGGGCUCCAAGCCCCAGGAAAGCCCCAGCGGCCCUGCACCAGGAUGGGGCUCCAAGCCCCAGGAAAGCCCCAACUGCAAUAGUGGAGGAGGUGGACCAGGAGGAGGCAGCAUGGGGUCCUGGGGCGGCCCUGCAUCUGUAAGGCAGAGUUCCAACCCCGGCUGGGGCCCGGGGAGCUCCGGAGCCAAACCCGACCCAGCGAUGGAGCCCACUGGCUGGGAGGAACCCUCUCCUCCCUCCAUCCGCCGCAAGAUGGAGAUCGAUGACGGCACGUCCACCUGGGGAGACCCCAGCGCCUACAACAAGACCGUGAAUAUGUGGGACCGCAACAACCCCACUGGAGGUAACGGUAACCAAGGGAGCAACCCCACCCAGCUGCCGACCAGCAAGAGUAGCGGAGGCUUGACCGUCAACAGCCACAACAACCACUCCUCCGUCCCCCCUAGCAACAACAAUCACCACCACAUGAACCACCACCACCUGCACCACGGACAGCCCCCGCCACACAGCCAGCCCCACGGCAACAACAAUGGAUCCCCCAACACCAUCGCCCCGCACCAGGGCGGAGGACCCCAGGGCAGACCACCUAUGGCCAACCCAGGCUGGGGGGAGCUGCCCAGUGUCCAGCAGCCCAAGCCAGAGCCGGCGUGGGGGGAGCCCGCUGGCCCCUCUCCUGCAGUGGACAACGGCACCUCUGCCUGGGGCAAACCCCCUGGUGUUCCUGGAGGCUGGGGCGAUGGGGGGCACGAGCCCAAUGGACCCUACAGGAGGGGAAACAACGGACCCUGCAAGCCAGCCCUCAAAUCUAUGCAAGACGGUUGGGGAGGCGGGAGGGAGGAGGAGAUGGGCAUGUCUUCUGGCCAAUGGGAUGCUGAUGCCGGAGACGUGUGGAACAGCCCCGCCUCCCAGGAGAACAACUCCUCCUGUAACUCGUGGGGCCAGCCACCCAAGAAGGGCCCGCCCAAGGGCAAGAUGGGCAACCAGCCAGACGAAGCCUGGAUCAUGAACCGUCUCAUCAAGCAGCUCACUGACAUGGGUUUCCCGAGGGAUCCUGCUGAGGAGGCUCUGAAGAGCAACAACAUGAACCUGGACCAGGCCAUGAGUGCUUUGUUGGAGAAGAAGACUGAACUGGACAAGCGGGGCAUGGGCAUGUCGGACUACAACAACGGGAUGAACAAGCCGUUGGGUUGCCGUCCUCAGGCCCUCUCCAAAGACCCCUCCUCGGACCGCAGCCCAUUCCUAGACAAGGACGGUGGUCUGUCAGAUGACGCCCUCCCCUCACCGUUUCUGCCUUCUCCCGUCAGCCUGAAGCUCCCCCUGGUUAACAACCUGCAGCCUGGGCUGGCCCUGGGCUCCCCGGGGCUCAACAUGCAGAACUUAAACAACAGACAGAUGCAGAGUGGAAUGUUGGGCAGUAGUGGAGCAGCACUAUCCCGGGCCAUGCAGCAGCCGCCUCCUCAGCCGUCAGUGCCGCCUCUCGGCUCCUCCCAGCCUAGUCUACGCGCUCAAGUGCCUCAGUUUCUCACCCCUCAGGUUCAAGCACAGCUCUUGCAGUUUGCUGCAAAAAACAUUGGUCUGAACCCUGCACUUUUAACCUCACCAAUAAACCCUCAACAAAUGACCCUGUUGUACCAACUUCAGCAACUGCAAAUGGCGUACCAGCGUUUACAAAUCCAGCAGCAGAUGAUGCAAGCUCAGCGCAACGUCUCCGGUCCCAUCAGACAACAAGAGCAGCAAGUUGCACGUACAAUCAAUAACAUGCAGCAGCAGAUCCAACAGCACCAGCGUCAGCUGUACCAGGCCCUGCUGAUGAAGCAGCAGCCCCCCGGCUCCCACUCCUCCUCAGGCCUGCACCCCGGCCAAGGCAAAUCAGCCCUGGACUCAUUCCCAGGCCACCCCCAGGCUCCGGGCCUCUCCGACCUGCACACCAAAGAGCCGCAUUCUUCUCCCAGCUCCUACAACCCCUACCCCCUCUCUGGACUCAAUCCAAACAUGAAUGUAAACUGCAUGGAGGUGGGGGGCCUGUCCAUGAAGGAGCCUCCCCAGCCUCAGUCCCGUCUGUCCCAGUGGACCCACCCCAACUCCAUGGACAGCCUCUCUGGAAACUCCUCCCACAUGGAGGCCAACCUCAAUAAGCACGGUGCCAUUUCUGCUGCUUCUAAUCUGGGCCCACCUGGAAAGCCCCCCCACAUGGAUGACUCCUACAGCCCCUACAGUAUGAUGGGUGGGUCUGAGUCCCCCACCUCCCCCCUGGUUCCCCCUGACAGCUGGGGCCAGGGACCGGGAAAGAGCCCCAAGGACCAGAUCACCAACGGAACGAAUAUCAACUGGCCCCCAGAGUUCUGUCCAGGCGUGCCCUGGAAGGGCCUGCAGAACAUUGACCCUGAGAACGACCCCAACAUGACCCCAGGAAGUGUUCCCAGCGGCCCCACCAUCAACACCAACAUCCAGGACGUCAACCGCUACCUACUCCGUGACCGCAGCGGAGGCUCCUCCCCUCCUUCACCGCCUCAGAACGGUGCUCUGCCCCCCUCCGCGGACUGGCCAGUCAGUGGCUGCUACACUAGCUCUUUCAGUCUGUCCUCCCCGGAUGAGGAGAGUGCAGGUAAACUAUCUGACAUGAAGUCCACCUGGUCCCCAGGGCCCAUCUCCCACCCCUCCCAGGCCUCUCUGUCCCACGAGCUGUGGAAGGUCCCCCAGGGGCCCCGCAACAACACAGCCCCCUCCAGGCCACCUCCGGGCCUCACCAACCCCGCCAAGCCCUCCUCCACCUGGGGAGGAAACUCCCUGGGCCUGGCCCAAGGCUGGAGCAGCUCGUACACCUCAGAGGGCACAACCUGGAGCACAGACAGCUCCAACAGGACCAGUAGCUGGCUGGUACUGAGGAACCUCACCCCCCAGAUAGACGGCUCCACCCUGCGGACGCUGUGCAUGCAGCACGGCCCCCUCAUCACAUUCCACCUCUUCCUGACCCAGGGAAACGCUGUGGUGCGAUACAGCUCUAAGGAGGAGGCUGCCAAGGCCCAGAAGUCCCUGCACAUGUGUGUGCUGGGGAACACCACCAUCCUGGCAGAGUUUGCCGGGGAGGAGGAGGUAAACCGCUACUUUGCACAAGGCCAGCAGCAGCAGCUUCCGCCCACCACCAGCUGGCAGCCUAACCCCGGCACCAAUCAGACGCGCAUGGGCGGAGGCUCGCAGCAGCACGCCAUUGGCCAUCACUGGAGUGGCGGCCUUGGGGGAGGAGCCAAGACCGGCGGAGACCUGCUGUGGGGGGGCGUGCCCCAGUACGCCAGCCUGUGGGGGCCCCCUAGUGGCGAUGAUAGUCGCGGCGUUAUCGGGAGCCCCAACCCCAUUAACACGCUGUUGCCAGGCGACCUGCUGAGUGGAGAGUCCAUGUAGGACAACACACUCACAAACCAACCAUGAGGAUGGAUGUUUCAACGCUGGAACAGACAGUGGAAAAAUAAUAAUAAAUACACAAAAAAAUUACAAUGAACAGGAACAAAACCAAGCAAAUCAUGUGGCGAUAAUCAGUAUCAACGGAACUGUGAAUCGUGUACCAGAAGGCUGGGGGCGACGACACAAGACUGCUGACCCCUACGCCCUUCGGUUUUUACGUUUUUUUCUCCCCUCCUUUUUAGUUGACUUUUUAAAAGGGGAUUUUGUUUUUAGUAUUUGAUAAAUGUUGGAAGCAAACAAAAAUGAAAUGCCGAAAAGACUCAAUGAAGAGAGAACCAUUAAGUGUUUUUAAGUUUUCCAUGAAUAUCGCACAUUCUGUGUGAAGUGUUUUUUUAGGAGAAGCAAUCGUAGAAGCUGCCAUUUUGAAUCUUUCCUUUGCCCACGAAACUACAAAUUUAUUUAAAAAAGGCCAUUCCCAGCAUGCCCGUGGUUUAAAGACCUUUUACUUACGUUAUUGUUUUGUUUCCAAGCACUAAUAUUAGCCUUAAGCGCUCUACUGCGGCCCAGGUCCUCCUUCAAUCUCAAGCCUUUUUCAUUUUUUUGAAACUGAAGAAAUAUUGUGAUUUUGAAAGCUUGCUCAGUUCCCAUCUCUGAGCCAGUGAAUGGAACAGAACAAGUGUGAUCAACCAAGGUCGUAUUCACUAGGAACGAAACGGAAGCAAGCGGACUGAAACUGAGGGACUACCUGAACUUUGUCCAAUAAGAAAUGCUUGUUUUCGCAUGCUGUUGCAAAACGUUUUGCCACGUGUGCACCAAAUGAAUAUGACCCCCAAGUCACUCGGCAGUAUGAGGCCUGUCAACACUGACCCAACCAAUCAUCAGUUAAAACCUUUUUCCGUUUUUCUGGUCAUUCAUUUGUUCUUAAAGGGAUUUACACUGCUGUUUUUGUUCUUUUUGUAUAUCGGGCGCAUUUUUAUAUCUAUCGCAACAUAAGCUGAGAGAUUAUUACACAUCGACAGACCUAGCUGCAUCUGUUUUAUGUGUGUUCUUGAGUAUAUGUCUGAUGGAACCUAAUCAUUCACGUCUGGGAGUUCAGAUUACCACUGCUCAGAACUACGACUUCAGCUAUACUCACCUAACGAGACUUACAGGUGCUUCUUGUCAAUUAUUAACAUUAUUAGUCGGUUCCGUUGUUGACCCUCGUCCCCAUUAUGGUCCACCAGUUUCUGGAAAUGACGACAAAAAAAAAGAAAACGCUUCAACUUGAUGUGAAAGUUACAUUGUGCAAUAUAUACGCCACAGACCCUUCUUCUUCCGUCCACGCUCAAGUCCAAACAGGAACUGGUUUCUUUACAUUUUUCGUUCUUGAUUUUUGUUGUCGUUGAUCAAAGCAAAGAACUUAAGAACUACAGAAACUUUACCUUUUCUAAUUUUUGAUUCCCACCAGGCCACCCCCUUGACACCCCCCCCACCCCCCCCCCCCCCCCCCCCCAUGAAAAACCGUUGCGUUAACUCUUGCCGGAGAGGAGGAGCGAGCGAGGAUGUGUGUUCAGAAACUGUCUCUGCAGCCCUGAAACUCCUCAUACGUACACAUUGAACUGGGGUACAUGAGAAAGCACCAUCAGAAAGCCCUUCCUCUCCACGUUGCCACAGCCACACUGAACAGACUGAAUCCAGGUGGGGGAGUCACUGGAGGGUCACUGGAGAUCUGGCACAAUACCAAAUAAGAGGGGUUUAUCCUAAUGCAGUAGAUCUACUACGAGUGUUCCUUGUAUUUGGUACUGUGCAAAAAUGUAAAAGAUAGACUAAGUAACCUUUUGUCUAUUUCAAAGGGUUUUAUCAUAGCACUUAUGAAGAGAGCUAAACGCUUCAACUUGCAAACCAAUAAAUCAGAAAAAUGGAGCAGCAACUUUGAAAACUGAAAAGACAAAAAAAAGAACUCUUGCUCUUUUUGUACUGUAUCUAUACUUGGAAAUAACUUCUGGUAUUUGUUUGUUCCUCUUUGGUCCAAGGACUUGUAUGAACUUUAAAAUGGUAGCAGGAUGAAGAAAAGAAAAAAAAGGAAGUCUACUUUUAUCUGACAAAAAAGUCUGCAGUGUUUGAUUUUUUUCUAAAGACAUUUUCUUUUAACUAUAUCAAAGUGAAUAUCACUGUUACUCCAAAAUGUUUAGCCUUUUUCUUGUCUGGAGACACUAGACAUGCAAUGUUACCUGUCUCCGGCCAACGGUCGGUCGGAGUGGGGAGGGGGACGGUCACGGUCCACUGAGUGCCUCUCUGCUGUGGUGCCCAUGGCGAUGGUCGCUAGGCAAGGCUACCCCCACAGCAGCAUUUCCUCCUGGGCUGGCACCAAGCUCUCCCAUUAGACACCCUCAGCCCGGCAGGAAACCACGCUCCCUCCAAGACUGGCCAAUCAGCACGGAGCUAGCCAGCUAACGACCGCGCCAGCAGCACUCGACCUCGUCUCAACCAACCCUCUCCAUUUCCCCUAAUCUUCUUUCACACAAAGAUCACUUUAGCUGGAAGUCAAGAGACAGUCAAAUUUCUGGAAUUUUGCCAGUGUUUGAUUAAUUUUAAUUUGUUUUCGUUUGACGUUAUGUAUUUUUUGAUUUGUUAUUUUUGUCUACAUGCAGUGGUCUUUUCAAGAUGGCUGCUUGAAACUAGCCCUUUUCACUGUUCAUAUGCAGAAACACUUUGGUCAGAGGUGCCUCUGUAUGUUCAUCCUGUGUAUUGAAUGCAAACGAGGAUCAAUACUACAGCCGUCAUUGAUUGUCUAUUAUUAGUUAGUAUCUUAACUGAUUGAUUGAUCAUUGCUUUGUUUUGGACAGUAUUCUGUAGUACUUCCAGGCAGUAUCUCAAGACGUAAGUUAGACCAAUAGGGUGUCUCAGAUGGGUGAGUGUGUCCUGCCUGACCCUAGCUGCUCCACCUGGGUUCCACCAGGGCUGUCCCCUCUCGCCCGCUCACACAGCUGCUACUCUACACCCUCCAGUCCCCACCAAAGCAAACAACCUAGGCCAUGGCCCUCCCCCUGACCAGACAUAAACAGCGACUCAGUUCUGUUUCUAUGCAAAAGACUAGAGGCUGCGGGCCCUUUACAGCCAACGUGCCAAUCCUGCCUUAAGGGUUGAGCACCGACUCACAGAGCUAGACCCAUUAACCUCUUGCUGUAUGUACCCUUCAGCACUUAGAAUAUGUCUGCUCCUGGUCCUUAUAGCUGGGUUUAAACCACAACACUGUCGUAUUCCAAACUUCCACCCUCCCUCUAUGGGGAGUUAGUACCACUGAAGUGGAGGUAUAGUAGGCCUCUCUUUACUGUGCUGAAGAAGACUGAUCACCUGUCAGCUGAUUCUCAGGGUAGGAGAUGUUAAAAGAUGCAGCUCUCUCUGUAUGCAUGUCCUUUUGCUGUAGUGUAAGAGAGCCAAGUUCUACACUAACUAAUGGCAAGCUGUGCAGUAGUACUAUAGACUUGUUUUGGUUGGAGAAUUGUUUUUGGGGAACGGGAUAGUAAUGGUUUCCCUUCCCAACUAUAGGCCUACUGUAAUGUUACAAUGUAGAGGCCCAUUCUGCAUGUAAGAUGCCAAUGUUAUCCUAUGUGCCAAUAAAAUAUAUAGAUCUCAAACUAGCCCAUGUUAUACGAUCUGGAGAAAGAGCUCUUCUCUUCCCAGGAUGGAGGAUCUUUGAUAACCUUUGUGAUGGAGGAUCUUUGAUAACCUUUGUGAUUGAGGCAGGGGGGCAGGAGGGAUCAAACAAAUGGGUGGGGGCAACACACCUCAUCCUGAACCACUGAGAUAAUAUGGCCGGGUCUCUCAUGGCACCCUGUUCACUAUGUAGUGCAUUAUAUAGGGACAUAGGGUGCCAUUUGUGGGGAAUGCCCUGUUGUUGAUCAAAUCUUUGGCGGAUCCAAGUAUCCUAUGGUGCACAGUCAGUUUGAUGUUGGGUAAUCCUGGGUACAUAUUUUUUUAAACCAAAUGAAUUUCUUGCAUUUUAACGUCAUUUUAAUAUGAAGUUUGACACAAAAUCAAGAAGAGAAAAUUAUAUAAAAAUUUAAAAAAACAGACUAAAAUAAAAGAUCUAUAAUAUGUUAACUAAAGCUCUGCACUUCUAGCUGAAAUGUCUCCAGUCCAGCAACCUCUAACUUCUACCAUCCAGGGAGUCAGAAUGCAGGCUGGGGAGCCUUUUUGUGGAUGCUGUAUUUAUCCUAUUUGUUAGUUUCCUCAAAGCGGACCCACAACUGUAUAUUUCCACAGACCCAGAUGGCUUCGGGCCCACUGUAUCAGCCCAGGUCGCUCGCCUCACUGUUUCUGCGGUAGGUAAUGAGAGUGGACGCAUUUCAAAAGGUACAAAGUCUUAACAACAAAAAAAUAACACAAAAAAAUGGGAUAAGGCUACCUUUUUGGGACUGUUCGGCGUCCUGCAGCACACUAGCAAAAAUCACUAUUGCCUGUUUCUGUAACUGCCUUGAUCCAAGCUCAGAGACCAAUUAGCCGGGUGGGGGCCUCCAAACGUCCGCUCGGUGUGUGUGCACCAGCACUGAGGGGCAGGCCGUGCUCUCUCUCUACUGCUUAACUAUAGAUAUAUAUGGAUAUGUACGCUCGGUGUGUGUGGUAGGUAGCACAUCAACAGACACCUUGGAUCUCAAUCUCUGAAACCUUUUAUUCCUCUUAAAAGGUCUGGGUUCAAUACAAACUGAAGAUGAGCAAUAUGUAUUCCCCCCGCAAAUAAGUGAUACGAAGGAAAUGGAAUGGGUUUAGUGGUUAAACUGGUACUUGAUGGAUCAUGAGUAAUGUCUUUCCUACCUGGAGUUGGAUAUGCACGUUCUGGAUUUAUGAACAUAUUACAGUAAGUACCUUGAACUACUUGUACUGUAUGUGAAUUUGUCUAAACAACCCAACCUGAAAUCACCUGUUUUUUAAAUGCAUACUUUCCCAGUAGAGAGAAAUAUCAUUAAACAUAUCAACACAAAAAUAUAAACACAAAUACUUGAAUCAAGGAGCGCCAAUAACGUAAUGUGAAGUCUCUUUUGUAAAAAAAUAAAAAUAUGUUAAAAAAAACAAAAAAACAAAAAAAAAACAAUUUGACAAGUACACUUCCAAGCUUGAGGUCAUCAAUUAAAAAAGAUUGGAGAAAAAAAGUGCAAAAAUCAUUUGGUUGUGUGCUUGAAAGUCAAAUGUAUGUGUGCAAACAACUGUGUGCUUGGCAGGCUUAGGACUGCUGUCAUGUUCCAUUCAGUAUGUUGUGUAUUGACAUUGUUGUCCUUUUAUUCAGUUUAUUUUUUGCUUGUCAAAACUAUAUUCUGAUAGACAUUUAUCUUCUAACGUUGCACUGAGUGUCUUCUACCCCUCACUCAGCUAAUCGUAGACAAACGAGGGGAGAGGGUGACAAUUCAUGUGUAAAUGUUUACUCAAGGACUUAAUGGAAAAAAAGUUUUUGUUUUAUCUGUAAAAUGUUUAUCUACCUUAGUGGCUUUUAUUGUGGAAUAAUCCAAAACAAGGAUUAUCAUUGAGUAUUGCACCAUUUUGUUCUGAUUACAUGAAAAAAGACAAAAAAAAAUUAUCUAAGAAUUGUGGCCAUAGAUGGUAGGACUAGUAAUCUCUUAACUUCAUGGAGAAAUGGAAAGGGAUAUUGUGGGGAGAUGAGUUUGUUACAGGACUCAUUUCAGAGGUGCCUAUCUUAUUUUUUUUAUGCAUAGCCACCUGCCGUUUACAAACAUUUCAUUUGUCUGAAGUUGAGGAAAAAGGAAUUUUGAAAUGUUGAAAAAGACAAAUUUCAUCUUCCAUCAAAAAAAUAUGAACAUAAAACAAACUUUGCAAAAUGAAGAUUUAUGCUACUUUCAGAACUCUGGGAUUGAUCAGUGUUGUCGUGUUUUUAAUUUCUCUUUUUUUUUUUGAUGUCGACAGACUGUAUGUAUUGAAUUAUUUGAAUUUUGUCUUUGUAAAAAGACAACGCAAUUUGCUCACUAUCUUGCACACUCGUAAAGAUGUGGAUCUUGUCUCGGGAAGGCCAGGAUUUCCAGAGUUCAAACUCCACCAUUUGUAUUUAAAUUUGAGAGUUUUAAAUUACAAUAACUUUGAGAAAUGUAACUCCAGGCACUGAAAGUUAGGGAUUUAAAUAGAAUAUGAUAUACCAUUGCUUCUAAAAAUCCAUAGCAGUUACAUAAUUUACCAAAUAAAUGACUGAAAAUGAACUUUGAGAGAAAAAGUAGAGUGCUUUACAUUUAAACAAAAUUGAUAAAUGGUUUUAAUUGUCAAACGGCAGUGAUUAGUUUUACUUAUGCAUUUUCUUUGAGGUUCCAUCCUGUAACUUUCAGGAGCUUUGUGCAUUACUGUCUCUGUUCCUGUGGCAGAUAUUCAAUGAGUUAAGAGAUUCUGUCUAAUAGAUGGUUUUCAGGAGACAGAUUUGAAGUGUGGGGGGGGUAGCUGGUUUUUAAAGGAUCAUGAUCUAUGCACAAGUGGGAGGGAGAGUCCAGGCCUGCUUUUCUCUUGGGGCCCGGAACUCGUACUCUGGGGUUCAGGGUUUGAUGUAGGGGUGUGUCUUUGUGCUACAAAUUUGCUAUGUUAGAUUUUCUUCCCCCUCAUCAGAUUUAUGGCAAAACUUUGUAUUGCUUCGCCAUGCUGUGUAAUCCUUAAGCAAUGAGCGCUUAUCCUUCUGCUAAAGCACUGUGGGUUAUACUGAGAAAAAGCCCAUGACUUAAGGCGGUCUGGUUUUUGUAAGGGGGGGAGGAGGUGGUACUCUGCCUUUUUAUUUAAAAAAGAAACAUUGAGAAAUGUCUGUACUGAGAAAGUUGUGGCUUUUAAUGUUUUUUUCUCCUCAUAGAAUGUGAUUUAAUGACAUGCACCGGAAAAAAAACAUUUCCAUGAGUUAUGGAGCUUCUUUCGGACUAUAUUAAUAAAUUGACAUUUUUCUUGGCUGUUAAAAA